AUGAAUCUCGAGUUGAUGAUGGAAUGCAAUAAUAGGGCUAGGGCGUACCCCGUAAGCAUCGUGCUGCAGUAUCCCCUGACAGCAGUGAGAAAUAUGCAAAAGGUACCGCAGAAGUCACAACUGUGUCUAAAGAAGUUAGUGAGAAGAGAGGAUUGGAAGAAGAAUGGAAAAAUGAGAAUUGGAAAUUGGAAUGUAGGUAGCCUCACAGGAGAGGGGAGAGAGUUGAUUGAUGUCAUGCAGAGAAGGAAAAUUAUGAUUCUGUGUAAACAAGAGAUUAAAUGGAAGGGGAAAAGUGCAAGAAAGCUGGGAGAGGAUAUAAAAUUUAUUACCCAUGGGAAGAUACAUCCAGAUUUACAGGAAAAUGUUACAGAGGUCCAGCAUAUCAGUGACAGGCUCAUGAGCUUAAAGUUUGUGAAAGAUAAGAGAGUAUGGCAUAUCAUCUCGGCUUAUACUCCUCAACAAAGGUGUAGUGAAGAGGAAAAGGAGGAACUUCGAGAGAAAUUAGAAGAAUAUAUUGAAAGUGUUCCAAGAAGUGAACUACUAGUGUUAUCUGGGGACAUGAAUGCCCAUGUAGGUGAGUGUCAGUUUUCUGACGGUUUUGAAGCAAUACAUGGAGGAAGAAAUUUAGGAAGAACCCAGGAAGGUGAAAUAUUGUUGGAAUUAGCAGAAGCUAUGUAUCUGGUAGUUUUGAAUACACAGUUUGAGAAAAAAAAGUUGUCUGCAGCAGCAGAAGUGUGUGGGAGGACAAUUGGUAAGCAGCAACAGGAAAAAGAAAAAUGGUUGUGGAAUCAAGAGGUUCAAACAGCUCUGAAGGAAAAGAGUAUAGCCAGAAGUGGGUGGGAAGAAGAUAACUACCAAACAAGAGAGGAGUAUAGGUGGACAAAGAGGGAAACAAAGAGAGUAGUAGCGAUUACAAAGGGAGAAGCCAGGAUAGAAUGGGAUGAAAUAACGGGAACACCUGAGGGAGAGAAGAUAAUCUAUAGAAUUGCAGAAGCGAGAAGAAUAGACAGGCAGGAUGUAGGAGAGGCAGGAAUUAUUAAACAUGAAAUAGGAAAUAUCUUCAUCGAGGAAGAGGAAGUCAAGAGAAGAUGGAGAGACCAUUUUUCACAACUAUUAAACAAUGAGAGUGAGUGUGAAGAACUGGAAAAUGUUUCUCCAGUAGAAGAACCAAUAGCAAACAUCAGAGAGAAUGAUGUCGAGAAUGCUAUAAAGAAAGGAAAAGUAAAUAAAGCUGCAGGAAAGUCAGAAGUAACAAUAGAAAUGAUUAAAGCAUCGGGAAAUCUAGACAGAGAGUGGCUGCACACACUAUUGGAAAAUAUCUGGCAUGUAGAGGGAAUGCCAAGGGACUGGAACGACAGUUGGAUGAUUAAAAUGUAUGAACAAAAAGGAGACGUGUUAAACUUUGGGAACUACAGAGGAAUAAAGGUUUUAGAGCAUGUAUUUACGGUACUACAAAGAAUAGUAGAAGGAAAUUGA